UGGGUUUUGUUUUUCAAGUCUUUAGGAAGAAUUUAUCGUGGCACAUUUACAACUUAAUUAAUUUGAAUCCAAUUUUAAGUAACAAGAAUCAACCAGUUGCUAUGCGACUGUGUUUUUUCCUUUUUAAUUUUUAAAAUAAGUCAAGUGCCAAAAUAAAUCGAAUUGUCAGUCAAGAAAAAGUUAGUAGCUUGAAACUAACAACACUAACGUCAUGGAAUGUCAUAGUAAAAUACCUGUUAAAGACGAGAACAUGGAUCACAUUGGAAGUAUCCAUCAAUGUAGAAUGUGUAAUGAUGAAUUUUAUUGUGGCUCAGAUUUAGAGGAACAUUGUAAAAUUCACAUUCAGGAAGAAAAAUCAGAGGAUAAAACAGUUCAUCAUGAAAAAUUUAAAAUUGUUGUCGAUUGUAAAGAUCAAGUUGAGAAGUUGGACAUAUAUGAUGUAAAAGCUCAUCAUGAAGAAUUUAAAAUUGGUGCCGAUUGUAAAAUUCAAGUUGAGGAGGUGGACGCAGUGGAUGUAACAGCUUAUUAUGAAGAAUUUAAAAUUGGUGCCGAUUGUAAAAUUCAAGUUGAGGAGGUGGACACAGACGAUGUAACAGCUCAUCAUGAAGAAUUUAAAAUAGGUGCUGAUUGUAAAAUUCAAGUUGAGGAGGUGGACACAAAUAAUGUAACUGCUCUUCAGGAAGAAUUUAAAUGGCGAAAUAAUUUAGAGACACAUUGUAAAUAUCAAGUUCAGGAAAGAAUUCAAGUUGAAGAGGAAACAACUGAGGAUGUUGAAGAAUAUUUGGCAAAUAUGAGCAGUCCAGUUAGUAGUAAAGUUGGUGAUUUAGAUAAAAAUUGUAAACUUCAUGUUGAGGAAGAGAAAAUAGAUUGUGUAGAAUUUAAAUAUGGCACUGAUUUAGAGGAAGAUUGGAAACUUCUUGUUAAAGAAGAGAAAACAGAUAUUGUUGAAGAGUCUGUGGUAAAUACAAGUACUGGUAGUCCAGUUGGUGAUUUAGAUGAACACUGUAAAAUCCAUGUUGAGGAAAAGAAAACUGAUUGUGUUGAAUUUCGAUAUGGCAAUGAUUUACAGGAAGAUUGGAAACUUAUUGUUGAAGAAGAGAAGACAGGUGAUAUGGAAGAGUGUGUGACAAAUAUGAGCAGUACAGGUUGCAGUAAAGGUGAUUUAGAUGAACAUUGUAAUCUUUGUGUUGAGGAAGACAAAACAGAUUGUGUUGAAUUUAAAUAUCCAAUUGAUUUGGCAAAGAGUUGUAAUUUUGAUGCUGAAGAAGAGAAAACAGAUGAUGUUGAAGACCCAAUGGAUAAUACUAUCAGUCAAAGUUGCACUGAAGUUGGUGAGAAAAACCUUGUCAAGUUGACUGAACCAAAGCCAAAACAUGAUAAAAUUUCAAAAUCAUCCUUUAAAUGUGAUUUUUGUAAUAGAAUAUUUAAUAGAAAGGGUCAUCUGAAAGAUCAUAUCAGAAUUCAUACGGGUGAGAGACCUUAUAAAUGUGAUGUAUGUGAUGAAUCAUUUAGUAGAAGUGGAUAUCUGAAAGACCAUAUUAAAAUUCAUACCGGUGAGAUACCUUAUAAAUGUGAUGUUUGUGGAAAAUCAUUUAAAGUCAAUAAAAGUCUAAUAAAACACUUCAAAACCCAUAGCAGAGGGAAGCCAUAUAAAUGUGAUGUGUGUAGUAAAAUGUUUAGUGUUAAUACUGAUUUAAAGAAACACGUGAAAAUUCAUGCCAAAGGGAAAAAGCUGUCGCCUAAAAAAUCUAAACAUGGAAGUGAUUUAGAAAAACCUAAUGAAAUUCAUUUUGAAGAGACAGUAGAAAAAACGAAUAGUCCCAUAUCCAGUACAGUUGGUGAGAAGAACUUUGUCAAAUUUACUGAGCCAAAGCCAAAAACUUCGAAAAAAUCUCAUGAAUGUGAUGUUUGUAAUAAAUUAUGUACUACAAUGGGUCAUCUGAAGGAGCAUCUUAGAAUUCACACCGGUGAGAGACCUUAUGAAUGUGAUGUUUGUAAUAAAUCAUAUAAAACAAAAGGUAAUCUGAAAGAGCAUCAUAGAAUUCAUACCCGUGAGAUACCUUAUAAAUGUGAUGUUUGUGAUAAAUCAUUUAAAGUGAAAAAGAGUCUAUUGAAACACUUCAAAACACAUAGCAAAGGAAAGCCAUAUAAAUGUGAUGUUUGUAGUAAAUCGUUUAGUGUGAAUAACAAUUUAAAGGAACACAUGAAAAUUCAUACAGAACAUUCGAAAUUUGGUUCAGACUUAGAGAAACAUUGUACAAUUCAUGUUGAAGAAGAGAAAACAGAUGAUGUUGAGUCAAUGGACAAGAAGAGAAGUCCAGUUUGCAGAAAAGUUGUUGAGAAACCCUUUAAUGAGUUAAUUGCACAAAAGCCAAAAAAUGAUCAGAUCUCUAAGAAUUCUUAUAAAUGUGAUGUUUGUAAUAAGAUAUUUAAUCGAAGUGGUCAUCUGAAAGAGCAUCUUAGAAUUCAUACCGGUGAGAGACCUUAUAAAUGUGAUGUUUGUAAUAAAUCAUUUAAAGUGAAUAAAAGUUUAAUAAAACACUUUAAAACACAUAGUAGAGGGAAGUCAUAUAAAUGUGAUGUUUGUAAUAAAACAUUUUAUUGCCCAAGUCAUUUGGAAAUUCAUAUUAGAACUCAUAAUGCAAAGAAAACACAUACGUGUGAUGUUUGUGGGAAAUGUUUUAAAAAGAAAUCACAUCUACAGAAUCACAUUAGAACUCAUACUGGAGAGAAACCACACAAAUGUGAUUUUUGUGGAAAAUGUUUUACUAUGGACAUUAGUUUAAAAGUCCAUUUUAGAACUCAUACCCGAGAAAAACCGUAUAAAUGUGAUGUUUGUAAUAAAUCAUUUUCUAUGGUUAGUAACCUAAAUAAACACAGAAAUGUUCAUCCAGGGGAGAAACCCUAUAAAUGUGAUGUUUGUAGUCAAUCAUUUUCUAACAAGUACGCCUUAAAAAGUCACACUGUAAUGCAUAGUGAUGAGAAACCUUUUAAAUGUGAGGUCUGUUAUCAAUCUUUUAGAAGACGAGGGGCACUUGUGAUACAUCGUAAAUGUCAUACUGGAGAAAAGCCAUUUAUAUGUGAUGUUUGUGGUAAAUCCUUUCGUGAAAGUAAUCAAUUAAAGGUACAUUCUAGAAUACAUACUGGUGAGAAACCAUAUAAAUGUGAUGUUUGUAGUAAGUCAUUUAACUCAAAUUAUAAUUUAAAGAAACAUUUAAUGAUACAUGCAGGAGACAGACCGUAUAAAUGUGAUAUUUGUAGUAAAUCGUAUUCCGUCAAUCAUACUCUAACACAACACUUAAAGACUCACGCUGAAGAGAAACCUUUCAAAUGUGAUGUUUGUGGAAAAUCAUUCCACUUUAACAGUACUUUGAAAAAACAUUUGAGAAUCCAUACUGGAGAAACACCUUAUAAAUGUGAUGUUUGUAAGAAAUCAUUUAUCCACCAUGGUACUUUAUCUCAACAUAUGAAAAUACACACAGGAAUAAAACCCUUUCAAUGUGAUGUUUGUGGUAAAGCAUUUAACAAACGUGCUAAACUUACGGCACACAUUAGAACACAUACUGGAGAAAAACCUUAUAAAUGUGAUAUUUGUGAUUUUUCAUGUAGUUUUAAUGGUAAUUUAACAAAACAUAAGAAAAAACAUACACAUGCUGGUGAUUAACAGUAGAAAGCAUACAUGUGCUUGUGAUAAACAAUUAAAAACAUACACAUGCCGGUGAUAAACAUAAACAUGCAAGUGAUAAACAAUAGAAAACAUAUAUACAUGCAGGUGAUGAACAAUACAAAACAUAACGUGCUAGUGAUAAACAAUAGAAAGCAUACAUGUUGAUAUUUUGUUGUCUCAUUUGAUCACUAUUUAGUCAAAAUUUCCAUUUGAAAGUUCUCGUAAACCAGCAGGUCUGCGAUCAACAUUUCUUUGUCUUAUGUUUUGGCCAUACAUGGGUAAAAAUCAUUUUUACACUAGGGUAGAGACUAGUGCUAAAUCGAAAGGCUCAGGUUAAGGCACUAAAGAGAACACCAUUUAUAGUCUGGUCGAGAUAGAAAAUUUGUGGGAAGAAAUUCCUACCCAAUUGAUUUCUUCAUUUUCUGAAACAACUAUGUCCCUAGUGUUCCAGAAAACUUUUC